GCAACAGCCUAUAAGAUGACUUUUGUGAAGACAGAAGUGCUGUUUGCAGGCCCUGUACCUGGCUUACUGGCUACGCGCAGCAGUGCUCUCGAGACUGAGCCCCCCAUCAAGCGUCGCAAACUGUCGAAUGGCAACCAUAAGGCGUUUGAUGGCCUCGAGCCUGUUGUUCCCUCUGGAUAUAUUCCGUUAGCACGAUUUGAGCUUGAAAUGAACCACUCGCAAUCAAACCAAGAUCCUGAACAACAAACCACUUCGGCUACCAUUGACCUCCCUCAUCGGAUACCCGUCUCGCUGAAAACUGCUCGUUUUGUCCAGGAUGCGCGUGAUUCGUUUCGGUUAGAACUAGAAGCGCUCCCGGACAAAGAACUUGUCUUCGCAGACACGAUCUUGGACCCGCGAAUCGCCACUAUCGGCGACCAUCUAAAGCUCGCAAAUGAGCUUGUUUCAGUUGAUCGGAAGACCAAAACAUCGCCGGUUGUUUGCUAUCAGUCCUCUCUGCAUUGCAGCUCCGAUCGCAAAUCAUUCCGGCUAGAGACAACUAUCCUGUGGAAAGACUCACUCGAGGCUCCCGGAACGGGCUACGAGCUACUAGCGGAAUAUGUGCUUUCAAAAUAUAUUUCUAAGGGACAACCAGACAUCCCCUCUGAGUUUGUAUACGCGAGGGGCAAGCUUAGCAAGCAGAAUCAAUCCUACGGAUGGUCACCGCGGGAGUUCUAUGACAAUGUUCACGUCCCUGAAGAUACUCCAACGCUUUCUGCAGAGAUAAAAUGUGAUCAGGUGGAAUGCCAACUUUAUCCUUUCCAGAGGAGAGCAGUCCGGUGGCUGCUGCAACGAGAGGGGGUCGAACUGCAAGCGGAUGGUCAAGUCCAUCCAGUUGAGAAGAAGACUAAUGAUCUCCCAGCAUAUUUUGUACAAGCAAUCGAUGCAGACGGUAAAGUCUGUUUUGCCAGUCACCUCUUCAUGAUCGUCACCACCGAUCUCUCCCGUUGGAAUGAUGCGGCGGAUUAUCUCAAAGGCGGUAUCCUCGCCGAGGAGAUGGGACUAGGGAAGACUGUCGAGAUGAUAAGUUUGAUUUGCCUGAAUCGUCGUCGGGUCCAUCUCGAGAGGCAUACGCAGCUUGGUGUGGUUAGAGAUGGAUCAAAGCUGUCCAACGCGACGUUAAUCAUCACGCCACCUGCGAUUCUAGAACAGUGGAAGCAAGAAAUCCAAACACAUGCACCAUCGCUUCAGGUCUUUGACUACACUGGUCUGCAGCGCCAUCCUGAAUUAUCGGAUGACGAGCUUGUUGAUGUGCUUGCCGGCCAUGAUGUUGUCCUGACAACUUAUAAUGUCCUUGCAAAAGAGGUCCAUUACACCGACGACAAACCGAAGCGGAACCUACGACACGAGAAACGGUUCAUACCGAGAAAAACGCCCCUUGUCAAAAUCUCCUGGUGGCGGGUUUGUCUUGAUGAAGCCCAGAUGAUUGAGAGUGGUGUCAGCAACGCGGCCAGGGUCGCCCGCCUAAUUCCACGUCAGAAUGCUUGGGCCGUGACAGGUACACCUCUUCGCAAGGAUAUCGGGGACUUAUUCGGUCUUCUCUUAUUUCUUCAUUAUGUACCAUUCUGUGACUCGACUCGCAUCUGGAAUAGGCUCUACGGCAGCUUCAAGACGAUCCUGGCAGGCAUUCUUCGGCAGAUCGCUCUCCGACACAGCAAAGAUCGGAUUCGUAGUGAGCUUCAUUUGCCGGCCCAAAAGCGCGUUGUCAUCACCGUCCCAUUCACAGCGGUUGAAGAACAGCAUUAUGGACAGCUCUACGAACAGAUGUGCGAAGAAUGCGGCCUGGAUACGACCGGGGGCCCGCUCCGCGAGGAUUGGAACCCGAACAGCCAGGCUGUCAUCGAGAAAAUGCGCAGCUGGCUCACUAGGCUUCGUCAGACGUGCCUCCACCCAGAAGUUGCAGGCAGCAACCGCCGCGCCUUAGGGACUGGAAGCGGGCCGUUGCGGUCAGUCGCAGAGGUGCUCGAGGUGAUGAUUGACCAGAAUGAUUCGUCGAUUCGCACAGAGGAGCGAGCCCUUCUGCUCUCCCAGCUCCGUCGUGGUCAGCUUCUGGAGAACGCAGUUCGCCGCCAUGAAGCGUUGGAUCUAUGGGUGUCGGCUCUGGAGCGUGCCAGUGAGAUCGUUCAUGAAUGUAGAAACCAACUUGAGGCUGAACGCGCGAAAGCACUGGCUGCAACAAAGGCGGAUGCGGCUACUGUCGAAAUCACGAGCGACAACGAGAAUGAAGAGAUCGAUAAAAAUAGUCGCCUGGGAACUUUCCGCCAGAGACUUCGCGCUGCACUUGAGGUCCAGCAUAUCUGCAAAUUCUUCAUCGGCAAUGCGUACUAUCAGAUCAAGACAGACCCCAAGCUCACUGUUCCGGAUUCCGACGAAUUCAAGGAUCUUGAGAAGCGCGAAGCAGAUGCGUACGAGGCAGCGAAGCUCAUUCGAAAGGAGAUGCUGGCCGACAUUGCACGAAGGGCUGGCCACUCCAUGGAGGUCAUUAUUGAAAAAUUGCGUAAGAAGAAGUUCGUUCACAUUCCGAAGAUGAAACCCUAUCUCUACACCACAGGUCUCGAGUCACGUCGGCUACUCGACAAGUUCGAAGACUUUUGCGAGGCGCUCAACAAACACGCUGAGCAAUACAACGAAUGGCGCGAAAAGAUGAUCGGCAUGUUAUCACAGUCUCUGAUCGACCAGGAAGAAGAGGCCGAACUGGAGGGUAACGAGUAUGAGACAUCCACCAAGCAUCAGGAUGAGAUGUAUGUUUAUAUGGAGGCACUACGGGCUAUUUUCGCAGACCGCAAUGAUGCUCUUACCGGCCAGCAAAACAUCCUCAUAGCCCACGAAGUCAAGGGAGGGAUACUCCAAGCUCAACAGGGCGAAGGUCCAUCCCCGUCACUUUUCCUCUCUGUCAUGGCCACUCGCAGCAAGCUCAAGCCAGAUCCCACACUUGGUUCGCUCCGGGGAAUUAUCAGUGAGCUACGCAGUCUUGCAACUUCGCUUGAGUGGCAAGAUAGUGGGGGCAGUUCUCGAGCUCGAGCCGAGCUUGAGAUCGUUAACAAUGUGCUUCAGAAUGCUAGUUCCAUCUCAACAGAGCAGUUGAAGACCAUCUCCCAACUAGAAAGAGAAGUUGAGAUGUUCCGUGACACGAUGAACCAUCGUCUCGAGUACUACCGACAGCUACAACAGAUCUCGGACACGGUCGCUCCCUACGAUGAUGAAAACGUUGGGAAGCCACUAGACGAAGGGUUGUUUGCCCGGAAACUCGAGCAAGAAACCGGGAUCGAUAGCAAAAUUUCGGCGCUCAAGGCGAAACGCCGAUAUCUCGUGCAUUUGAGAGACGAGUCGGGCACAGAUGACACCUCAAAGAUAUGUGUCAUCUGCCAAUCUAGCUUUGAGAUCGGUGUCUUGACGGUCUGUGGUCACAAGUAUUGCAAAGAUUGUUUGCGAAUAUGGUGGCGUCAGCAUCGGACCUGUCCGAUAUGCAAAAAACGACUGAAAACAAACGAGUUUCAUCAGAUCACGUACAAGCCGCAGGGUAUAAUUGUACAGGAGGAAAAAGAAGCUACGGGGCCUGAGCCGGGCCGUCCUUCUUCUUCUAAAGCUUCUAUCUUUACAGAUAUCAGCUCCGGAAUUUUUCAGGAGAUCAAAGAUAUUGACCUCAAUGACUCGUUCGGAACCAAGAUAGACACAUUAGCACGCCAUAUUCUCUGGCUCCGUCAGCAUGAUCCGAGCGCUAAAUCGAUUGUCUUUUCUCAGUACAAGAAUUUCUUGGGGGUCUUGGGGAGUGCGUUCUCUCGCUUCAAGAUCGGAUACACGAGCGUUGACACUAGAGGAGGGAUUGAGAGGUUCAAGAGUGACCCUGCAAUUGAAUGCUUCCUCCUCCACGCCAAAGCUCAUUCUUCCGGGUUGAAUCUUGUCAACGCGACUCACGUUUUUCUUUGCGAGCCUUUGAUUAACACCGCCAUUGAGCUACAAGCCAUUGCUCGGGUACACCGUAUCGGCCAACACCGUCCGACCACUGUGUGGAUGUACCUGGUCUCUGACACAGUAGAGGAAUCGAUAUACGAGAUUUCCGUAUCUCGUCGGUUGGCGCAUAUUGCCGAAAAAGCAAAAGGCAGAGAGUCUACACGAGAAUCUACCGCUAGGGACACCGUCCGUUCUGUGUAUGAGAAUCUCACCGAGACAGCCAUCGAUUCUGCCAACUCCUCCGAGAUGCAAGAUGCAAGGCUGGCGAAACUCAUGGUCGGUGGCGCAUCCGGAGGUGAAUUGGUGAGACAGGAUGAUCUGUGGCAGUGUCUCUUUGGGGCCGCAGCUCGGAAGGAUACCUCUGGUCAAGAUAUGAGUCUUGAGUUUGAGGUUAGCCGAUUCCUGAGGGGGGAAGCCGCCGAAGAACGAAGGGCUGCAGCCAACGGGCCUUGAGCCUGCUAUCCAUUUUGUCCCAUAACUAUUACCCCCAAGAUAUUGGCUUAUUUCUUCAAUUUCCCGUGCAUCCAAGCUUAGAAAGUUCUGAUACAGUCUUGCGAGAUACCAAUGGAAAGAUAAUUUUUUCAAAUAUAUCCUGUCAAU